AUGUUACGUGACAGGCUUGUGGUUGGUUGUCGAGAACCAGCUAUCCAGCGGAAGCUGCUUAGUGAUACCAGCCUCACAUUUGAGAAGGCCCUGAACAUCGCUACCGCCAUGGAAAUGGCCAGCAAGGAUGUGGAGAAGAUUAAGGAAAUUAGCCAACCAGAGAGUCAGCCGGCAGAUCCAAAGGUCAACAAAAUGCAGUUUUCACUGAAACCCAAGCCGAAGUUUGCCCGUAAACCACCAAGCAGUGCCAAAGGCAAACGUCAGUCUGAUGACAGUGCUAAAGCGGCCAGCCGAAGCUUCAACCAGCAGAAGUAUAUCCUCAUGUGCCGCCCGUACCUAGAUGAUAUUAUCAUCAGUGGCCGGAAUGAUGCCGAGCAUCUCGCCAAUCUCAACAUAGUGUUGCUAUGCUUGAAAGAGAGCGGUAUGAAGCUAAAGCGGGAGAAGUGUGAAUUCCUGUGCGACUCAGUCACGUAUCUGGGUCACAAGCUAAACCAAGAAGGGUUACGCCCAUUGAAGUCGAAGAUUGAGGCCAUUCAGCAAGCCCCUAGUCCAAAGAACCAGGAAGAGCUUCAAACUUAUCUGGGACUGCUUGGCUAUUACAGAAAGUUCAUCCCUAACCUCUCACGGCACAUUGCACCAUUGACAGAGUUGCUGCGGGCAGAGUUUAAGACGGACAAGAAGACAAGGAAGUGCCAUGGGGGCCUUAUGGAGGAUCCGAAGUUUAUGUGGGGGCCUCGACAAGAGGAUGCCUUCCAGGAAUCAAAGACGUUGCUUCAAAGUGACACGGUCCUGGUCCACUUUGAUCCAGAGAAGCCACUGUUACUGCAGACGGACGCCAGCUCCUAUGGCCUCGGCGCAGUGAUCAGUCACGUUUUGCCAGAUGGGAGUGAGAGGCCUAUCUCCUUCGCCUCCAGGACUUUGACUUCCAGUGAGAAGAAUUAUGCCCAGUAUGAGAAAGAGGGACUAGGCAUCAUAUUCUGGCUGAAGAAGUUUCAUAAGUACCUCCAAGGGAGGCACUUCAGCAUAGUCACUGACCAUGAGCCUUUGGUGGCCUUGUUCGGUGAUAAGAAAUCUUCAAGUCCGAUGGCCUCUGCUCGCACCACCAGAUGGCACAUGAUACUCUCAGCGUACGAGUACGACAUAAUCCAUAAGGAGGAUAAAAAGCAUCAAAAUGCGGAUGCGCUUUCACGCUUACCUGUAACAGGAGGUGGAGAAGCCUGGUGCUCAGAGGAGAUGCCAAGAAAGAAGAGUCGUCUCGAGGAUGGUGUAAUCCUUCGGGGGCGAAGGGUCGUCAUACCAGAACAGUCUGCUCUACGCCUUCGUCUUCUUCGCGAGAUCCAUGCAACGCAUCCCGGCAUCGUUAAGAUGAAGGCACUGGCCCAUUCAUUCAUGUGGUGGCCAGUAAUCGACAGAAUGAUCGAGCACGAAGUGCAAAGCUGCCAAAAUUGCCAAGAGCACCAAAAGAUGCCACCCCCAACUAUACUGCAUCCAUGGGAGUUUCCUGACAAGCCCUGGUGCAGGUUACAUCUGGAUUAUGCCUCCAUCAGCGGUAAGGAUGUCCUGAUAGUAGUUGAUGCAUUCAGCAAAUGGAUUGAGGCCAUCCGUGUGGGUAAUUCCACCGCAGCCACAACAGUGAGGGUGUUGCAAAGGCUGUUUUCUACUCAUGGAAUACCAGAGACAGUGAUCACAGACAACAGAACACAGUUCGUGUCAGAAGAAUUGAGCCAGUUCCUGAGCCAGAAUGGAGUGGAACAUCUGCAGACAGCCCCAAAACAUCCAUCGAGCAAUGGAUUGGCCGAGAGAGCCGUUCAAACUGUAAAGGUUGGAGUAAAGAAAAUCCGAAGUGGAGAUUUGGAGUUGCGACUCCAGCAGUUCCUGUUGUGCUACAGAGUGACUCCACAGUUGACAACUGGGAAAAGUCCAAGUGAGUUGCUCUAUCGACGACAAAUUCGAACCAAGCUAAAUCAGCUGAAGCCUAACUUCGGUAGACGAGUAAAAAUACAACAAGCUCGAAUGCAGCAGUCAUGA